AUAAAACGUAGCGCUUUUCUAAGCGGAUUUAAAAGAGGAACUAUAUUUUAUGGCGUAAUAGCACUUAUGGGAGUACUUCGACUCGGCGCAGUAACACCCUCCCUCUCCCAUUAUGAGAGUGAGAAGGGGAGCGGACUUUUCAGGCGAGUCGAAGUACUCCCAAAAGUGCUAUUACGCCAUAAAAUAUAGUUACUCUUUUAAAUCCGCUUAGAAAAGCGCUACGUUUUAUUUUGUACCACCAAACUUGCUCGUAUAACUACUCGUCUUAAAUAGGAAAAACGUUGAUGUGUUUGGUCACUUCUAACUUUAUCUCUAAAUGGUACCAUUGAAUGAAUGGGGCUAAGCUAAAUGCUAUCGUAGCGUCGCAGCGCGCUCCAGCGCUUACGUGUACGCACACAGAUGAUAGAGGGAUGUAUCAACAAUUCUUAGUUAAGGUAAUAAAAUAUUUUAAUAUUGAAAAUGAGUAGACUAUUCCUUUAACUCCUGUUAACGUUGCAAAUCUUUCAAACAUGGUAAGGAGCGUCACAUUUCCGGCUGACGUCAGAGGUAUUCCGGCCAAUCACAACAUACAGAUUAGCUGGCCUAUCAGAGAAACAGCGCUUUUCAAAUAAAUACAAAAUCUGUGCAUUUUAAGAAGAAAGGGAAAUCUGGAGCUACAAAAAUGUAUGGUAUGUGUUUUUUUAAACCAUAAACCAUGCAAACACAUUGUACCAAAUAUACAAAAUAAAAAUUUUUAGCAAUGAAAUAGGUGCACUUUAAGUUGAUCCAACUUUUUACAGUGAACUUAAAUGUAUUAAUACCUUUGUAAAUAUCUUGUCUUUUAUGUCAAGUCUAUGUUUCUAAAUCAGUGCUUGUUUCUGUUUUGUUUACCAACAUUAAAAUGAUUUGAAACCUAGUCGACGAGAGUCAACUUUAAUGUGUACUUUAAUUAUGUCCACAAGUUUAUGCUUGUUUGCGGCGCAUGUUUAGGCCACCUCUCCUUAACCUUUCCAGCUUUUAUGAUGAUGAUUGCUUUAAAAGAUUUGUUAUACACCUAUUCAGAAUGACAUCCACCUGUGACCACAUUAACAUGUUUUGUUAAAAGAGCCUCCACUGUAAUGUGAUACAAAGCAAACACACCAACCCAGUCACUGCCUUGUUAAGAACUGAUUUACCUUUGUGGUAAAUGAAUUGAAUAUGUUUUAUGUUUCACAGUAAAGUCAUACCAAUUGAUUGUAAUCUAUUAAAAUCAUACUGCCUAAUAUGGAAAAACACAACCUACUGUACCUCUCCGCGGGUUGACAUCUCGGCCAAAUUAAUCUCAGGUCAUUUUACUGUGGUUGGCAAAUGUAAGGCACUUAACAGCCUGCUAUUGGGACACUGUGAAACGUGCACCUGGAGAACAUCCAUUGCGAUAUUUUAUCAGUUUACUGCCAUUAGGACAAAUGCACAUGGCACGGGACAUUUGCAUAUUUUUGUUUAUAUUAGAAUGGUCGAUAUUGGCUUUCACCAUAGCAUUUAGAGUCGCAGAACAGGUUAUUCAAAGACAAAAAGAUCUGACUCACUAUGUGCUAAAGGAACCAAUUUCUCAAAAGGCAUGUGGGAAAAGCGGAGGAUGCCUUAGAUUCAAGUAACAGAAGAAAGAUGGUGCAGGAGAUUGACAUCAAUGAGGAACAAAGACGGUGCUUUGGAUUUCAGUGCAGAGCUCAACGCUCACAUGUCCUCUCCAUCAUUUUGCUGGUCCCAUUGCUGUUGUGCUACCUGGAUUCCUCCGUAUUAUUAGAUACCUGGGCAUCAACGGUUGGAUUUCUUUUUGAGGCAUUCACCUUAGUGUCUACAUCGACGAGUUCUGACGAAUCGUGGAAACGUCCUGACAAAUUCUAUGUAGCUUAUCCACACGAGUAUCAUUUUGUUAUGAAUGAGCCAGAGAAGUGCCAGAAGGAAAAGCCUUUUGUGGUUUUGAUGGUACCAGUGGCUUCGAGCAACAAGGCCGCUCGGGAGGCCAUCCGAGACACGUGGGGUUCGGAGAAAUUGGUGGGGAACAAUAUCGUGAGCGUGUUCUUUCUGUUGGGUUUAUCGUCUCCUGAAGAAGAUACAACGCUUCAAGAACAACUGCUGGAGGAAAGCCAGAAAUAUCACGAUCUUCUCCAAAGUGAUUUCUUAGACAGCUACCAUAAUCUCACCAUUAAGACUAUGGUGAUGCUCGAAUGGUUGACUCUGUACUGUCGGAACGCUUCCUAUGUGAUGAAAGUCGACUCGGAUAUAUUUCUCAACGUAAACAACUUGGUGAAACUGCUUCUGUCUGCACCAAAAGAAAACUAUAUGACUGGACUUGUAACCAGGGGUGGAGUGGUAGCUAGAAACCCAAGCUCUAAAUGGUACCUCCCAAAAAAAGUUUUCAACCCGGUUAUAUAUCCAACCUACGCUUUGGGCUUGGGAUACGUGUUGUCUUUAGACCUGCCGGAGAAGCUUGUUGAAGCAGCAAAACAUGUCAAAGCUGUUUACAUAGAAGAUGUUUAUUUAGGAAUGUGCAUGAAGCAUUUAGGUAUAUCGCUAACGUUCCCUCCGACGGGAGGUCUAUUUAACAUUAAUCCUGUGAAAUAUAACCGCUGUCGAUACUCCAAACUCAUCGCUACCACUACUAAAAGCUUAAGAGAUCAAGUCGAGUUUUGGAAGGAUUUACAAAAACCAGACCCACCUUGUUAAGAUUCAUGUUAGUCUCACAACUAUAGAAUAACUCAUAAUUCAAGUUAAGUUACUUACUCAGUGUUUGAUUUUUGCAAUCAUUAUUGUAUUUAUUAUCAUUUGUAUUUCUAUUAUCAUUAGUAGUUGUGCCCGUAAUAUCAUUUUUUUAUUUAGGGACAAUUGCAUUAUACAGUACAGAAGACUUAUAAAGUAACUCAUGGCCAUGUCAACUGGUCAGAUUCGCAAAGGAAAACAAUCAAUGCAAAACGGCUGUGGCUGAGGUGUGGCAUCUGUGUUUGUUAAGCAAAUGUUGUUGCAGUCAUUUUGAAGAGAGAUGAUCUAUACAGGUACUGUAAGGCUUUUAUUCAUAUUUGAACUUUAAAUUUCAAAUUAGUUUUUCAGUAAUCUUGUUAUGCAUUUUCCCCCUGUAUGAUUGCUGUUAUGGUAAUAGCAUGGUAUUCUGUAAAGAACCUUCAAGUAGCAUUGAAAUUUUAUUAAAAAAAAAAAAAUGCAUAUUAAGUACCAUUAUACCAAAUAAUCAUUGCAUUAUUGCCAUAUAGGUUACUAUUAUAUAUAUAGUACAUAUUGUACAUACUUAUUUAUUCCUGCAUAGCUCAGCAUUGUGCCAAUUGUGUAAAAGCAUCACAAAAGCAUAAAUGUAAAUGUAAUGUAAAUCUAUGUACAUAAUUUGUUAAUUGUUUGUUUGUUACGAAUAGACAGUAUCUAACAUACUGUUUACGUCGUUUAAAUGUCAUCUUGGUUGAUUUUGGUAUUUUUAGACUGCCUUGAAGAAUUAUACUACAUUUAAAAAAACAUAUACUGCCUCUAAUGGUGCCAUAUGUGGUAAAUGAGAUCAAAAAAUGACUAAAUGUUGAUUUAUUGGAAAUGGCCGGGACAUAUAUCUCUGAAAGUAAUGGGUAUUACCGUGCAUAUAUUACUGCAUUGUUGUAUAAUCUUUUGUAUUUCCUGGUAGAGUUUACAUGAUGAUGAUAUGACAACAAUAAAUGUAAUGCUUUUGAUUAAAAAUAUAAUAAGGACUUAAACUGUUUUUAGCCAUCCUAAAACUGUCCAUGUUUUACAUUCUAUUUUUGUUUUUGUUUUUAAAGCACACAAUAAAUAACAGAUUAUAGAGGAAACAUAGGCAUAAUAAAAAAAUAAAUAAUAAAUAAAUAACAUUCAGAAAAGUAAUUUAUUUAAAUUUCUCGUAGGUGAAAUAAAUGAAAAUUAAAGUAUUUAACCCCACCAGUUUAUAUAUUUGGUAUGUUCAAAACUACUAUAUUUCAUUAUGGCAGCAAUUAUUUUGCUCUUAAGCUAUUCCAGUUUUAGCUUUGUACUUAUGUUUGCACACAGUGAUUUACAAUAAACAUCAAUAACAGUUUUCAGAAAAGCUUUUGAUCUUACAAAACUAAAAUGUUUGGCUUGUCUCACAUAGAAACCUGUUGUUUAAUAAAUAACUAAAAUGAGAACGCACUAGAGAGACUCCUUCAGUACAUAAUAAAGACUGUAUACACUAAGAAAAUAAAGGUACAAAAGCUGUGGGGCGUUACCCUUUUAAAAAGUACACCUUUGUACCUUAAGAGUUCAUAUAAGUACUUGAAAGGUAAAUACUGCUGUAAAUAAAGUGGCUGCUUUCAUUCUGGUUGAGUCACUAAUUUUCAAGAGGAAGUUACAUCUUCUGAAGGCCAUGUGAAGAUCAAAAUUCACUUUUCUCAUUUUCUUUUCUAUUUUUUAUGAUAUUGAUGCUAUGAUUGUGAAUGUCAAUCUUAAUGUUCAGUCAUGUUACUUAUAUUAUUUUUUUGAUGUUAUAGAUUUAUUUUA